GGUACUUUGUUCGAAUUGUCACUACUCCAAAUAACAAUACCUCAAUAUUAACUCAAUCCAGAACUAAAACGAACUGUCAUGAUAUAGAAAACAAUAAUGAACAAGAUUUCUAAAUAAUUUUAUGCUCUCUUGAAAUUGAUCAUAUUAUCCGAACGCCUAUUGUUAUAUUUGCUAACACUUGAGAAGUUUGUCAAUCAAGGGGCUAGAGUAAAAUAAUUUAUUACCACUGGAUUAUUAGUUACACUUUAAUCGUCAUGAGUCAGAGCAGGUCAACGAUUGGUGGAGAAAGCAGAACAUCAAGUGAAAGCAGGCCAGGCACCACAGCUAGUCGCAGUGAAACUGUCAGAUCUAACAGAGCUGCAACUGAUGACGAGUAUGACUACCUGUUCAAAAUUGUUCUGGUUGGGGAUUCCGGAGUAGGUAAGAGCAACCUGCUGGCCCGCUUUGCCAGGAACGAGUUCAAUCUGGACUCCAGAAGCACAAUUGGGGUUGAGUUUGCAACCAAGUCAGUCACGGUGGACAACAAAAUCAUCAAAGCCCAAAUUUGGGAUACAGCCGGGCAAGAAAGGUACCGUGUGAUCAGCAGUGCCUACUAUCGCAACUCGGUCGGAGCAGUUUUGGUGUAUGACAUCACGAAGCAGGAGUCCUUCCAGCAGCUUGAGAAGUGGAAGAAGGAGAUCAAUGACUUCGCGCCCACACUCUGCAAGACUAUCCUAGUCGGCAACAAAUCCGACUUGGCCCACCUUCGAAGCGUACCAACUGAAGACGCCGAAGACUUUGCAGGUCAACAUCAGAUGGCCCUCGUAGAAACAAGUGCCCUGAAGUCCACCAACGUAGCCACAUUAUUCCAGACACUCAUCCAUGAUAUUUAUGAAGUGGUGAAGAAAACAGACGGGGCAGGGGGCCCUCAGGUAAAGAUCACGAGGGCCGACAACUCCAAAGGAGGAUCCCAGAUUGUACCAGAGAAGAGCCCGAAGUCCGGAUGUAGUUGCUGAUCCAUUUCAAAGUGUCAAUUUUUUUUACAUAUAUCUUUCUGCUAUUUUAAAAAAAUAUAUUAAAUUUUCCAAGUUUGAGAUUUUUUAAUAAUGUUUUUCAGCUCAUUUUCUUUUUG